CUUAACCAGAUAAAGAACGCAUAAUACUGUAUUAUUUGAAGGGGAAACGGUAAACAAUGUCAGGGUUCCCGCCGUAUAAAAGUAUUUGUACAGUCCAAACGUCCAUUCUCCUACGGAUGAAUAAUGUUUGUGUCCCAACAGGCAUAACUCGUAGAUAAAUUAUUGCUACAGUUUAUGUACAGUGGGUAUUAGCCUGUGUGUGUAUUAUAUCUUAGUUUAAUCAUUGGGGCCUUAGAAUAUGUAGGCCUUUAUUUGUUCCUCAUUUUCAAAAGCUUUCUAUCCUGAUUAUAAACAACAGAGAGACGCAGUACAAAGAAGUGUUAAUUGUGUCACGUUGUUGGAAUGUUUGCAGGUAUCUAUCCGAACAGCAGAUGGCGGUAAAAUACCAGACAGAUAAACAACUUUAUUUCUUGCCCUUUCCCUUCUCAAGUAGGCCUAAAUAAAUAAGUUAACAUUUUGUUGACUUUUGUUGUAACAACAAGUCGAAAUAUCCGUUUCGUAGCCUAUUCGACGCAUUUGACUGCACUUAGCAAAUGUAUCAAUAUUCCACUUUUCAACUAAACUCAUUAUCGUAAAAGCGUAGGCCUAUGGCUCGGACUUUUGACAUGUGUCAAAGUCCAAGUAAAAUAAUCGACAUACAUUUAAAAAUAUUAGCGACGCUUUCUUCACAGUUCUUUAACAAUCAACGUCUUUAUGGUGACGAAAGUAUGCUAGGGAAAUAAACGCUACGGUCCCUUUAAGAAACAGGUGCGUCGACAGGUAGCCCUCCUCGGACUAAAGAGGAAGCAGAUUCAAGCCAAACAAGACAGUAACGAAGUUUGAACAAACCCCGUACUUAAAAACAUGACGGCUGGGAAAGGAGUAUUUGGUCGCCCGGACUGAAGAGAUGAACCCGCUGCUCCUCGUCUCUCUGACAGUCCUGGUGCGGUUCAGUCUGUCCCAGGAGCCGGUCUCCAUCGAGUUCCAGACCGACCCGGUUCUGGUCCAAACCGGAACGGACAUCCUCUUCACCAUCAUCAACCUCCCCGACGUGGUGCUGGUGACUUGGGAUUCCCCAGGGGGCAGCACCUCUCUGGCUAUUUGGUCCGGAGGGUCUGGGACGGUCAACCCGCCCCCCCAGUACUUGGGCCGUCUCUCCGUCACCCGCAACCAGCUCCGUAUCAGCAACGCACAGCUGACCGACGCCGGAAGCUACAGAGUCCAGGUCAACCCCAGCGCCAGCACAGGCCUCGCCUCUAACUCGAAAUCCGUCCAGCUCCAGGUGUUCGUGGCGGUGUCCGGGGUGAGUCUGUCGGUGCCCCCGGUGGCGGUGGAGGGUAGUAACAUCUCCCUCACCUGCUCCUUCGCCACGGGGACGGCGGUGAGCGUGGCCUGGGGGUUCCAGGGCGUGGCCCUCGCCGCCGGCCCCCGCAUCAGCAUCUCGGGGGGCUCGCUGGUCAUCGACCCGGGUCGCCGCGGCGACGCCGGGGAGUACUCGUGCACCGUUAGCAACGCCGUCAGCGCCCGCAGCGCCAAGCGGACCCUCACCGUCUACUUUGGCCCGGACACUCCGGUGCUGACCAAGGACCUCCCGGUGGACUGUGUGGGCGGAGGUGACGCCGUGCUGGGGCAGACGCUCACCCUCACCUGCGUGUCAGUCUCCCUCCCCCCCGCCCUGUUCUCGUGGCAACAAAACGGGCGACCCGUGGCCACCGUCCAACCAGACAGCGGCGUGCUGGGCGUGCAGGCGGUCUCGGCCAAUCAGAGCGGUCGCUACACCUGCCUGGCCCGGAACGCCAUCACGGGGGGCGCGUCGGAGCAGUCGACCGAGGUGGAGGUCGUGCAGACGUGUCUGAGUGGAGGAGAGGUUGCGGGCAUUGUGAUUGGCUCCCUGGCCGCACUGCUCCUGAUCAUCCUUCUCAUUCUUCUUCUUCUGGUGCGCUGGAGGAGGCGUGAGACGACCACUCGCUCUCGCACGCACACACCUGUUCCUCCAGUUCCUCUGGGAAACGGGCUGGUGGUCCAGGGAUCGGACCCCCCUCUCCACCAGCCCAACCACCGCUACACCCUCCCCCAGCAAUACAACCACCGAGCCCCCAACAACACCACCCUCCCCCGGGACCGGGACCCGGACCUCCCGCCUCCGUACCGUCACCAGGGCAACGCCCGGCUCCUCCCAGCCGCUUUCCCCGACAACGGCAUCGACAACCCGGGCUUCUCUCCCGCCGCCGCCGCGGACACGCUGUCGCGCACAGCGCCUCAGAACUCCAACAUCCUGAUCCAAGGGGCGGCGCCGGACGGCUCCCGGCCCCCGACCGUCCAGGUCAACCUCGGGCCCCAGCCGGGGGGCACCACGGGAACGCUGCCCGCCAUGCACUUUAACCUCAACUCCUUCCCCGCCGGCGCUCAGCCCCCCGCCGGCGCUCAGCCCCCCGCCGGCGCCGAGACCGGCCACACCCCACCGGGUGGAGCUCGGCGUUCCGGUGACGAUCGGCGUUCCGGUGACGAUCGGCGAUCCGGCGACGAUCAGCAUUCCGGCGGCGAUCGGCGUUCCGGGGACGGUCGACGUUCCGACGACGAUCGGCGUUCCGGGGACGAUCGGCGUUCCGGGGACGGUCGACGUUCCGACGACGAUCGGCGUUCCGGGGACGGUCGACGUUCCGACGACGAUCGGCGUUCCGGGGACGAUCGGCGUUCCAGGGACGAUCCCAGAAGGCAACGCUCCGACCCUGCGAGGCGAGUGUUGGAGGACCCCGGCGGACGGCCGCUGGUCCCUACUGGAUACUCCCACAGGAGCAGUCCCAGGGGCGACACACACCCGUUCCAACGACACACUGACCCUCUCAGCAACUCGCACCCCUCCCAUCGAAGCAGCGACGCCCACGCCGACCGGCGAGAGCGAGGGUCUGGGGACGGGGGCCGGACCAGCAGCCACUCACAAGGCCCCGCCCCCUGGGACCUCCUGCGGGGGACGCCGGCGUACCCCAACGGCGCCGGGUCGGAGGGCUCGGACUACACUACCCAGAAUCCCCCGCCAGCCCCGACCGGGGCUCCCGAUCCGGGCAGGGUCGACCGUGAGGGCCGGGGCAGACAGGAAGUGACGUCAGACACCAGGCGGGCGCGGUCUCGCCCCGCCGCUUCCCCGUCACACCACUCGCAGGAGGCCCCUCGUGCACAGAGGGAGCGCACACGCGACCACAGUCCCCAACGGGUCGCCAGGGAGACCGCCACCGAGCCAAGAGGUCACGUGACUCAGCAGCAACCGAUGACGACCCGGAGCCUGGACGCAAGAGCCAUGGCUGACCCCAACCACCUCCUCCAGCCCCGCCCCCAGACCCAAGCCCCCCAGCCCCGCCCCCAGACCCAGCCCCCCCAGCCCCGCCCCCAGCCCCAACCCCCCCAGCCCCGCCCCCAGACCCAGCCCCCCCAGCCCCGCCCCCAGACCCAACCCCCCCAGCCCCGCCCCCAGACCCAACCAGUCCAGCCCCGCCCCCAGACCCAGCCCCCCCAGCCCCGCCCCCAGACGGCGGCGUCCCCACCCACAAACCACCGUCACCAAGGCAACGCCGCGCCCCGGUCAAACGGGAACCCACUGACCCAGGAGGCUCUUCAGAGCCACACCAAGCACGCCCAGACCUUCCAGAACCGGAUCCAGCAGACCCAGGCCGCCCUGCAGCGCCCUCCGCCCCCCCCCCUGGUCAUCCCCAUGAGCCAGUUCAAGGAGCUCCCCCGGGAGCGGCUCCAGGACCGGCCCCCCAACAGACCGGCCCCCCGGCCCGCCGCCCACCUGCCCGCCGCCCACCUGCCCGCCGGACAGCGGCUCCGCCCGCAGGCCGACCCGCACCCCCCUCGGGCCACGGGCCACGCCCCCCGCGGUCACCACGCCCCCCAAGGUCACCACGGCAACCCCCACCAGAACCAGACUCGCAGAGAUAGGCCUCAUUGACGAACAAUGUCCCCUGUGUGCGGCCGCGGUACUCCAGAGGGCCUGUGACUCCAGGGGGCCUGUGACUCCAGGGCCCCGGAUCAGGCAGGAAGACCCGUCUCCACCUCAUGGCCUGUCCUGUUGAGUAUUAAUGCUCCUAUUGAGUGUUGAGUGUUGAUUUAAGAGGCGUUGUCACGCGGUGUGUGAACACAUGGGCGUGGUCGUUCCUGGGCUUUCCCCUCAGGAGCUAUGCAUCACAUGACCUAACAGAAGAGAGGCCUCUCCAAUCCCCGGCCCCCUGCUGGCCAAAGCGUGGUGUAACUACACAUACUGGAAGGGCUUCGAGAGGAAGAGGAGGACACGAUCACAGGAGUUACGGUACGACCGAGGCUGUUUUAUUACCUGGAAGUAUUUAUCUAAUGGUCCGCUUUUACGGGGCCUCGGCAGAGGAGCCCGGGGGGGGGGGGCAACAGUAAGCGCUUGUUAACUAAUCCCUUUUUAUGGUUCUUAAAUGAUUGGGUAAUCACAGCACGGGGUCGACACGGAGUCACCCGACGUAGCACCGCCUCGACCGGAUGGGAAAUAAACGCGGUUAACGCACCGAGACACUGGGAGGAAGACACAGGGAAUGUGAUUUAGUGUUUGUUAUUUACUGCCAUUCUUUGUGAUUGUUUACUCUCAGGGAACGAUUGUACAGUGAACAAAGAGGUUUUAUAAUCGGUUUAACGUUAACCCCUAUUGUUAUUUAAAUCUCUUCCAUGAAAUGUAGGACAUCGUUUAGAUGACAUUUAAAUGAAUGCAAAGCUUUUUAAUAACUUCAAUAAUUUCUUUGGCAAAAUAAAACGUUUGAAUGUCAAGAGUAGGCCUACGAUAAGUAACAUCCAAAAUCCCCCAAUUACCUCUUGAAGUUGUUGAGACGGCUGGGCAAUGAGGGCCAUCCCUGUAGUGGGAGGGAUUUAAUCAAACGAUAACCAAAAGAUGCAUUACAUAUGCAGACGCCACCGUUCAGCUCAUAUUUUAUCGUCCCGCAAUGGAAACUCACUAUGCAUCAGGGCAUGAUAUAACAUUAAAAAUAGAUGGUACUUAGAAAAUACUGAACCCUGCGGUAUUGAAAAACCCACGGUCCACAGAGAGUUAUUCGAGUCGCCAUUUACUUGCAUUUAGUGUUGGCAUAGGCUGCCGCUACACGAUUGCCAAUGUCAAUGCUAUCCUGCGCCCAGCCUAUUAACUGUUUAAUAACGCUGGCCUCUUAAAUCCCCCCCUUAUGUUAUCAGGUGAGGGAGAACCAAAACAAUUACAUUAUUUAUGUAUUAUAAUUCCUUUUUUUUUUAUGCGUCGAAAAAUAUCUGUGGGGGUAAAUAACAUUGGAGGCGGGCUUGUACUUCAGUUUGUAUGUUUGUUUGUACAUUAUUCAAGAAAGACUAGUUUGAGUUACAGAUCUUAGCUGGAAUUAAGAUCACUAUCUGCUGUCAGGGAGUGGCCACUUUCAGAAUCAUGUGCUGCCGGUUACUAUGUGUGUAUGUAUAGAUGUAUCUGAUGGGUUUUUAAUUAAGAUGUAUUUUAUGGUCUGUAUAGGAUGCUGCCUCACAGGACUGUUUAAAAGAACAAGAGCCUUAGGAAUCAAAUGAGCUGUUUAGACUUGCUCUGUCUGCACGGACAGAAUAGGCCUACCUAAUAAAGCCGUCUGAACUUCUGUUCUGAACAA